UCGCACUAUUCCUUCCAGAUGGAAGUGGCUUAUAGGUUAACCUUGACUAGGUGGUAGAGAUUUGUAGUCACCUAAGCUUAUAGGCCACGGUAGGAGGUUUGUUCUUAAUACUCGUAGUUGAACCUUUGGCUCAGCUGAUUCACAAUAACACCAUUUUUCCCAGCAAAAGAUACGAGAAGACCAGAGAGAACAUAUGUUUGCGUUGCCUCAGUGUUAACUUUUUCUAAUGGCACCAGAAACUUAAAGUCCUUCAGUAAUGGAAUGGACUUGAUGGAGAAUUGUUAUGAACCAAUUGAAGCAAAUUCAUGCUUAUAGCCUCAGAAACGGCCUAGAUCACACAAAGUUCCUCAUUGAAAAGCUUCUGCAGUUACCAGAUCUUCCGUAUGCUUGCACCCUGUUUGACCAAAUUCCUAAGCCAUCUGUUUAUCUCUACAACAAGUUCAUUCAAACAUUUUCUUCAAUUGGUCACCCCCACCGAUGCUGGUUGCUUUACUGUCAGAUGUGUUCCCAAGGUUGCUCUCCGAAUCAGUAUUCAUUCACCUUUCUCUUUCCCGCGUGUGCUUCCCUUUUUAAUGUUUACCCAGGUCAGAUGCUUCAUUCUCAUUUCUGUAAGUCAGGAUUUGCUUCUGAUAUGUUUGCUAUGACGGCAUUGUUGGACAUGUAUGCGAAAUUGGGAAUGUUGAGGUCUGCACGCCAACUGUUUGAUGAAAUGCCUGUUCGAGAUAUACCCACCUGGAAUUCGUUGAUUGCGGGUUAUGCAAGGUCCGGGCAUAUGGAGGCUGCGUUAGAAUUGUUCAACAAAAUGCCGGUGAGAAAUGUGAUUUCCUGGACAGCUUUGAUAUCUGGGUAUGCACAAAAUGGGAAGUAUGCGAAGGCCUUGGAGAUGUUUAUAGGAUUGGAAAAUGAGAAAGGCACUAAGCCAAAUGAGGUGUCCAUAGCAAGUGUUCUUCCUGCCUGUUCUCAGCUUGGGGCAUUGGAUAUUGGGAAGAGGAUUGAAGCAUAUGCAAGAAAUAAUGGAUUUUUCAAAAACGCAUAUGUGAGCAAUGCGGUGCUGGAAUUGCAUGCUAGGUGUGGGAACAUCGAGGAAGCGCAGCAAGUUUUUGAUGAGAUUGGAAGCAAAAGAAAUUUGUGCUCGUGGAAUACCAUGAUAAUGGGAUUGGCUGUGCAUGGAAGAUGUAUUGAUGCUCUUCAGCUUUAUGAUCAAAUGUUGAUACGGAAAAUGAGACCGGACGACGUGACAUUUGUAGGGCUUCUCUUGGCUUGCACACACGGAGGCAUGGUUGCAGAAGGCCGACAACUCUUUGAAUCAAUGGAGAGUAAGUUUCAAGUUGCUCCCAAAUUAGAGCACUAUGGCUGCUUGGUAGAUUUAUUAGGGAGAGCUGGAGAGCUGCAGGAAGCUUACAAUCUCAUUCAAAACAUGCCAAUGGCUCCUGACUCUGUUAUAUGGGGAACGCUUUUGGGAGCUUGUAGCUUCCAUGGAAAUGUUGAAUUGGGUGAAGUAGCAGCUGAGUCCCUCUUCAAGCUUGAGCCAUGGAACCCUGGAAAUUAUGUCAUUCUUUCUAACAUUUACGCGUUGGCAGGUGAUUGGUCUGGAGUUGCAAGAUUAAGGAAGAUGAUGAAAGGAGGACAUAUUACAAAGAGAGCAGGAUAUAGUUAUAUUGAAGUGGGAGAUGGGAUUCAUGAGUUCAUUGUAGAAGAUAGAUCACAUUUGAAGAGUGGUGAAAUAUAUGCUUUACUUCAUAAAAUUUAUGACAUUAUUAAACUUCAUAAGCAUGUACAUCAUGAUCCAAACGAAGAUGAAGAACUACUCUAUUCUUCGUAAUUAUUUUACGGUUUGAUUGAAUCGUUAUAUUGCUUCAUGAUUAUUAUAUUAGAUAUAUGAGAUUUAAAGAACUAGGAAUUAAUGUCUAGAAUAGUUCAUUAGGGAAUAGCAAAAUUGUAUGUAGUUGAAUUUUGCACUUAGUCGGUUUUUGUCCUAAAGUUUAAAUACUUUUAUACCUAUGAAUUCAUUCAAAAUGAUAAUUUUUUUUAUCA